AUGAAGGUCAUGGACCACUUGCCCUUCAUCCAGGCACAGGCGACCCUAGUCAUGAAUGUCUUAAUUCCUCCGUCUUUGAGCCCCGACAGUAUUUUGGCCGAGGCCAAGAAGCUUCGGGAUUCUGCCCACCCAAACACUAAGCGCUUGAACAGGUCAAUCCAGGGCCUGACUGAUGAGAUACAAGACUCGCCUCUUGCUACCGAGGGCGAUAUCUUGAUAGAUAUCUCUCACUUUCGCACCGGGAUCAGCCCACCCCAGCUUGAAGCAUCCAUUUCUGAUGUUCACAUGACCAACUGCGCCUCGCUGGCCUUUGUAAUGUUUUGCCAAAGCACUGGCGAACCGCAUUCACAAGCCAUAGAAGACCUCGACGAUCUCUUCCCGCUAUGCUUGAUGGAGAACAUUGCGCACAACCCCGAGUCCAGGAAGAUUGGAACCAGCGUCACACAAGACACGACGUUCAGCCUUGCCUUGAGCAUCAGGACUCAAUUCUUCAUCAUUGAAAUCGAAAGACGUCAACAGGAGCUCAACUUCAAUCCAGUCUCUAUCCUGCGACAAAUAUUCUGCAAAGACCUCACUCCCAGCGAGGACAACCACGAGAACCCUGGCUCUUUCCGGGGGUUCAAGUUGCCAGGUGUUUUUGAGGACGAAGAGGGUCAUCUUCCUGAUGCCCUCCCCGAAAAGCUCCGACAAUCUGUCAGUGACAGAUUCUCCGAUUUAUACGAAGAGAUUUCAGAAUGGGAUGGUGUUGAUGUCGAUGGCUUGAAGAAAGCAUACAAGUGGCGGGCGUUUGAGCGUGAUCUUGCCCGUUGGAUCCAUGCGCGCAGCCGCGAAAUCAGGGAGGAUAUCCGUCGUGUCUCUGACAAACUCACGCAGUCAUCCUCGCCAGCUCGUCGCUAUACGCCACUGUCAGUGGGACCUCCUGCAAGACACACCCCAGCGAGGACUCCUGUGGUGGCCAACUCGACUCCCCAAAAGCAAAAUCUUGCAAAUGUGCCCCACGCAGCGAGCCAAGCAGCUUCGAUUAAUUCUCCUCCGGCGCCUUCACCUCAGAGGGUUCCUGCAACCAGUCCUCGCCCGCCUGCUCCUUCACCCCAAAAAGCUCCUAUCCGUGUUUCUUUCGACGAAGCCGAAUCGCCAGUCGUCAAUAACCAGACUAGCCGCAAACGUCAUGGCAAUAAUUUCCGAGACCAGUUCUCCUUUGAAUUCUUAAAGAAGAAGCGCUUGGGCACCAGUCGCCCACAGCCUCUCUCUGUCGCCACCUCACAUCCUCCGAAUCAUCUCUCCAAUGGGUCUACGGCCACGGGUGCCGUCAACGGAGGUGAUAACGCCGACUCUCGCGAAGUCCGGGAGUCCCCUGACCUUGGAGAUCUAGACGACAUUACAUACGUCAACAACGAUGACGAUUUGGUUUUCGGCAAUGACAAUGAGAUCACGGCAUCAACAAGUCCCACGGCCUCUGCUCGGAUCAACCGAGUGAGCCAUAACCCAAAUCAGUACAAGAACAUGUCGCAUGAUCAAGAACCGCGGCCAUCAAUUGAGCAAAGCGGGAUUGGUGGUGGAUCUACCGUUCCGCGAAGAUCAUUCAUCGAUCAACAGAACGGGGCCGGCAGAGUCUCGCCAAUCAACUACAACGAAACUGGAAGCGCAGAAAAGCCCCGCGCAGGGCCCUCUCUUCCAAAUCCCAGAAAGCGACCAGUUUCUCGCUCAUCAAGUGAAGAGUCGGAUAGUUAUGAGCGGGAUGAUCGUGACAACAACCGCCGGACGGAAAAGCGGCCACGUUUGCAGGUCACGCCAGGAAAUGGGGCUGGGUCAUCGCUUGGCAGCACCCAUCAGCCAACCUGGAUUAUAUCAGGGCCCGAACAGGAGGACCGUCCUCGCCAUAUUCGAACCGACAGUGGAGAACUCACCGAUGGAGAGACUACAAACAGGCCGCUUCCAGCCGUCUUCCGGCAGCAAUCCAAUCCUGUUGUGCAACGAAGCCCGUCCAGCCGCCACGGAAGAGCUAUUGGGAGGGGUGGCCGGUGGUCGGCCGAAGAAGACGCCCAUUUCAUGGAACUUAUGAAGGAACAUGGGUUGGGGUGGGCGGCAAUCAAGCAGGCAGACGAAAGGUAUGGUUCUAGCCGUGGUGGCCCUCCCCUCUUCCUUCGGACUCAGAUCAACCUCAAGGAUCGGCAUCGUUGCUUAGUGGCCAAAUUUGAACAUGAGGGGAAACCUGUUCCCGAAUUCAUGGUUCGACCAGAAAAGACUUAA